GAGCUCGCUGCCAAAGAUCAGGGGCUGCAACAACUGCGCUCCGAUCUCGCUGCCAAGGAUCUUGAACUGAAGUCAGCACUUGAUCGGAUUGACGUGCUGGAGCGCAACCAACCAGGUGUUGGCUCGGCAGCGAGCUCUGACGGACCCAUCCCGCGAGUUUCUCUCGCAACGCUUGUCACAGCCACAAACAAUUUUGCCGCUGAUGCUCUGCUCGGCGAAGGAGCGUUUGGUCGUGUGUACGGCGCCAGUUUGCCUGGCCCUCGCGUUGCCAUCAAGAAGUUGUCUGCCGAAUCCAAGCAAGGCUCUGCCGAAUUCAAGUCGGAACUGCACUCGUUGGCGAAAUUCCGUCACCCGAAUGUUGUUGCUAUUCUGUCGUAUGCGGAAGACGGUGCCGAGCGAUGCCUGGUCUAUGAGUUCAUGCCCAAUGGCUCUGUUCGCGAUCGCUUGAAUCGCAAAAACAACACUCCUGCACUGACCUGGUCCCAGCGUCAUCGCAUUGCGGCUGAUGUUGCCCGUGGCAUGCACUACAUCCAGGGAGCCUUCUCUGACAAGCUACUGUUUCACUUCGACCUGAAUACCGACAACGUGCUGCUGGACGCGCAUUUCAAAGCGAAAGUGUCUGAUUUUGGUCUCUUCCGCGCCCAACACCUCGAUGCGAAGAGCUACAUUUGCACCCAGCUCGCGCAAGGCGCAGCUCCUUACAUGUGUCCGGAGUUCUUUGAGGAAGGCCGCAUGACCAACAAGACGGCUGUCUACGCGUUUGGCAUGAUUCUGCUGGAACUGCUGACUGCAGAAAAACCCAGCACCAAGCUGAAGUCAAAGGCGCGCAAAGCGGUGAAAAACCAAGCCAUCGCUGGCAUGCUGGACUCAACACUCAGGCCAACCGAAGCUGAACGCCAGGACAUGACUGAAAUGGGCUCUCUUGCAUUUGACUGUCUUGAUGAGGCUGCUGAUGAACGUCCGUUCUUUGGUAGCAUCCUCACUUUGUUGGAUUCUUGA